ACGGCAUCUCUUCAUAUUGUAUGUCAGGUAGAGCUUCUUGGUUGCUAGCCUGCGCAUUUGCAGUUCUUGUAUUCAUUGUUUGCAUAUAUCAAACUUAUCCACGGUUCCAAUAUCCUUCUGAUGCACGAUGUCGAUGCUCAGAAGAAAAAAGAUCAUCAAUUUGUUUUCAAGCUCUAAACUUUCCCAAUUAAUUUCUCAUGAAUUCGGUUUGAUUCCUCAGUCAAAGCAAUAUCCUACGCACCCUUCUUCUGCUUUCCUUAAAACCCUGAACCCUUUUAGGGUUUUGCUAUACUAUGCACCGUAUUCAACGCAGGCCUCCAAAUUUCCCGAGUAUGAGAUGCCAUCUGUUACCUGGGGUGUGAUUCAGGGACGGAAAGAGAAGCUUGUUUCGAGGGUAAUCAUAUUUGAUUAUCUAAAGGGUUUAGGAAUCAUUCCAGAUGAAUUGCAUGACUUGGAGCUUCCUUCCACCGUUGAGGUCAUGAGGGAGCGCGUAGAGUUCCUUCAAAAGUUGGGUUUAACAAUUGAUGACAUUAACGAGUAUCCUUUGAUGCUUGGAUGCAGUGUGAGAAAGAAUAUCAUACCUGUGUUGGGGUACCUAGAAAAAAUUGGGAUUCCAAGGCCAAAGCUUGGCGAAUUCUUAAAAAACUACCCACAAGUUUUACAUGCAAGUGUGAUUGUUGAGCUAGCUCCGGUUAUUAAGCUCCUAAGAGGACUUGAUGUGGAGAAACAGGAUAUUGGAUUUGUGUUGCAAAAGUAUCCUGAGCUUUUGGGGUUCAAACUUGAGGGUACAAUGAGUACUUCAGUGGCUUAUCUUGUUAGUAUUGGCGUCAAUCCCAGAGAUAUCGGUCCCAUGGUGACACAGUACCCUUAUUUUUUGGGGAUGAGAGUUGGGACUGUGAUUAAACCUCUGAUUGAUUACUUGGUCUCGUUAGGGCUACCCAAGAAAAUUAUAGCUAGAAUGUUGGAGAAGAGGCCCUAUAUACUUGGUUACGAUCUUCAGGAGACUGUUAAACCUAAUGUGGAUUGUUUGAUUAGUUUUGGAAUUAGGAAGGAAACACUGCCUUUAGUUAUUGCUCAAUAUCCAUCGAUUCUUGGGUUGCCUCUCAAGGCCAAAUUGUCUUCACAGCAGUACUUCUUCAGUUUGAAGCUUAAGAUUGACCCUGAAGGAUUUGCACGAGUGAUAGAGAAGAUGCCUCAGGUGGUUAGCCUUAAUCAACAUGUGAUAAUGAAACCAGUUAACUUCCUCCUCGCAAGGGCAAUACCAUCGCAUGAUGUGGCCAAUAUGUUGAUCAGAUGUCCUCAAUUAAUAGCAGCAAGAGUUGAGCUUAUGAAGAACAGUUUUUACUUCUUCAAGAGUGAGAUGGGGCGACCCAUAAAGGAGCUUGUGGAAUUUCCAGAAUACUUUACAUAUAGCUUGGAGUCCCGGAUCAAACCCAGAUACCAGAAGAUGAAAAGCAAGGGGAUAAGAUUUUCAUUAAAUUGGAUGCUAAAUUGUAGUGACCAGAGAUUUGAAGAGAGAUUGCAAGGUAAUUACAUUGAAACUGAAACUACAGGUCCAUCUUUUUGUAUGGGUGGGAAGUUAGAGCUACCAGGCAAUGAGAUAGUGUCAGAUGAGGAAGAAGAGAGUGAUGACGAAGAACUAUAUAGACGAACUGUCUCUCUUUAGUGAUUUUCAUCAAAUUAAUGAAACAUCUACAAUAUUAUAACUGUCACUUGGCGGACAACAAAUUUGUAUUAGUCUGUCCAUUUUAUGUUGUUGUCUCCA